AUGUUGGCAUUUCUAUAUUUCGUCCAAAUGCUCAUAAAUCUUCCGAAAAUGCUAGUUUUGAGCUGGAACAAUGUGAUUUUCCCCCCAAUGGAUUCCUCCAAAAUGGCUUUUCGAAUAACUACAAUAUCCGAUGAAUUUCCAGAAUUCUGGCAGACACCUUCAGACGUUUCCAGAAGAGAUUCCCUUCUGAAUAUUUCCAUUUGCCACGUGGAAAAAUUCAAAAAUUCAGAAUUUUCGAAAUUUGUCUGGAAAUUUGAUGGGCUGAAAAUUUUCGGGAAAGAAUGCAGCCGAUUUUUUCGAAUCCAGGAUCGAAAAACUCAUCGGGUUACUGUAGAAAUUGGGGAUACUGUAUUAUCAGAAAAUUUGAGUUUGGCGCCGCCAAAAAAAUUCUGGAUCGCCUCAAUCGGAGAUUCAUUUUCCUCGGGACAAGGCAACCCUGGGGACAAAUGGCUCGAUGAGUCUUGUUAUCGAUCGAAGCUGGCGUUUCCUGUGAGGAUUUCCGAGAAAAUCGAAACUUCCAUUUUAUCAUUUUUAUCUUGCUCGGGGAGUACUGUAGAACAAGGAAUACUGUCGAAAAAUGGGCAAUUAGAGGUUUUAAACUCCUUAAUUAUGUCUCACGGCUCUCCUCCUGAUAUUUUAUUCCUCACAAUUGGCGGAAAUGAUAUCGGAUUCACCGACGUGAUUUCAAUGGUCCAGCGAGACAGUAAUAUUGCUGAUAAAUUUGAUAUGAGAUUCUUCUUUGUGUCCCAUCAAAUCGAUCGUGUCGCUUGGAAGCUUCGAGAAAUGAACAUCUCUCGUGUAGUCCUAUUGGACUACUAUGACGUCACGAAAAACGAUAGGAACGAGGUAGACGCCUCAUGUGGAGCCUUUGGGCAGGUGUCUUUGUCAAAUUUGAAAUUGGCGGAGAAGAAAAUUCUGCAACGACUCAACCAGCUAUUACGGCGAAAAGCCCAGGAGUACGGUUGGAUUACUGUAGACACCUCGGAAAUUUUCGGAACACGUGGCAUUUGUUCCAGCAGGAGUUUGAUACGGUAG